AUGGGGAAAGAAAAAAUUAUUAAUCCAUACAAAUCUCAAAAAUCUCAUUUAUUCAGAAUUAAAGGUUCAGUUCUACUAAAUGUUUUAUCCUCCGCUAUAUUCAUCACCGCAUUUUCUGCUGUCAUAGUUGUCCUAUUUCAAAUGAGUCCAGUAAAACUUGCAAUACCUAUUUCUUUAAUUACUGUUCUUGGUCUAGUGGUUGGUCUAUUACUUACCUAUAGAACUAAUACCGCUUAUGAUAGGUAUUGGGAGGGGCGUAAAUUGUGGUCCACUAUGGUAACAUCAAUACGCAAUCUCACAAGAUGUAUCUGGGUGCACAUAGAUGAUGAUAACGAUGAGAAUGUAAAAUCGGAGAAAAAAGCCGCAAUCAACUUAUUAGCAUCAUUUGCAGUUGCAGUUAAACACGAGUUACGUGAAGAAAAUGGUUGUCAAUACCAUGAUCUUGUGCCCGUGAUUCCCAGCAACAUCUUAUCUCAACUGACUGGGUAUGUUAAAGACGGCGAAAUAAUUGAAAUAAAAGGAAAAAAAUUAUCAUUAUGGGAUCAAUUCAUGCAUAGAACAUAUAAACCACAUUUAUCACAUGAUAAAGAAGUAACUUCAGAUAGUAAUAUCCCAUUGGAAAUCAGCCUUUUCAUAUCAGCAUAUAUUCACUACAAUGCCAAAGAAAAAAAAAUCGAUAGCCCACUUGUCUCCAACAUGCUUGCUAGUGUCAAUGUUCUGGUGGAUUGUUUAUCACAGUUUGAAAGAGUGUUAAGAAGUCCAAUACCACUUGCCUAUUCUAUUCAUUUGGCACAGACUGUUUGGGUUUAUUGUUUGUCAUUGCCUUUCCAAUUGGUGGGUCAGGCUAACUAUGCUACUAUUCCUAUUGUAUUCUUUGCUUCUAUGGUGUUGAUUGGUAUUGAAAGAAUAGGUGCUGAGAUUGAGAAUCCAUUUGGUUAUGACGAAAACGAUCUACCGUUAGAUGACUUUUGCAAACAUAUUAAAGAUGAACUUGAUGGAAUCAUUUCAUCUUCGAUUCGAUAUGAACCUCCGAGUCUGGAUAGUUUGAAAGAAAUCAAAAAUGAUGAUUCUCGUAUUGUUGAUAUAGAGUAA